CCAGGGGGGUUCUCGCUCUCUUUGUAGCAAUGAUCUGGCACCUUUACAUCCAGCAAUAAACAACAGCGAGCAGCUCUCUCCCGCCCUCCUUCGCAGCAGUCAGCUUGAUAAAGAAAUAUUAAAAAAAAAAAAACCAACAAAAUAAGGGAUAGAGAGAGAGGCCGAGCAGCUAAGUGGCCGCCGGCGCGGAGAGCUCUAAAUCGCACCCCGAUGAAGGCGUUGCGCCCGGACUGACCUCAGGAGAUGGGCCUGCUCAACAUUACAGACCAGCCUCCCCUGGUCCAGGCUAUUUUUAACCGGAACACAGAAGAAGUUCGUUCUUUGUUGCACAUGAAGGAAGAUGUCAAUGCACUGGACCAAGAGAGACGGACGCCUUUGCAUGCUGCUGCUUUCCUGGGUGAUGUUCAGAUUAUGGACCUCCUCAUCAAUUCAGGUGCUAAUGUUAAUGCCAAGGACCAUGCUUGGUUGACUCCUCUUCAUCGGGCUGCGGCCUCACGUAAUGAAAAGGCGGUUCAUCUCCUGCUUAAGCAGUCUGUUGAAGUCAAUGCCCGGGACAAACACUGGCAGACACCGCUUCAUGUGGCUGCUGCCAACCGAGCCACCAAAUGUGCAGAAGCGCUUAUCCCACAUCUCAGCAGUAUCAAUGUUGCAGACCGGACUGGCAGGACUGCCUUGCACCAUGCAGUGCAUAGCGGCCAAGUGGAGAUGGUGAACUUGCUGCUCAACAAAGGGGCCAAUUUGAAUGUGUCUGACAAGAAGGAGCGUCGGCCAAUCCACUGGGCAGCAUUUCUAGGGCACCUAGAAGCAGUCAAGCUGUUAGUGGCCCGGAGUUCUGAUGCCAUGUGUAAGGACAGGCGUGGCUACACCCCUUUGCAUGCUGCAGCCUCCAAUGGACAGAUUGAGGUGGUUAAAUACCUACUGAGAUUGGGAGUUGAGAUUGAUGAACCCAAUGUGUUUGGGAAUACAGCACUGCACAUAGCCUGCUACACAGGACAGGAGGCAGUGGCCAAUGAACUGGUCAAUCAUGGCGCUAAUGUCAACCAGCCCAAUGAGCGUGGCUGUACCCCACUACACUUUGCCGCUGUCUCUACAAAUGGGGCCCUAUGCCUAGAGCUGCUGGUCAACAAUGGAGCUGACGUUAACAUUCAGAAUAAAGAAGGGAAAAGUCCUUUGCACAUGGCUGCUAUUCAUGGGCGUUUCACUCGAUCCCAAAUCCUGAUUCAAAAUGGGGGGGAAAUCGACUGCACGGAUAAAUAUGGCAAUACACCUCUUCAUGUUGCUGCUAAAUAUGGCCACGAACUGCUGAUCAGCACCCUGAUGACCAACGGAGCUGACACAGCAAGGCGUGGAAUCCAUGGGAUGUUCCCUCUGCACUUGGCCGUGCUUUACGGGUUUUCAGACUGUUGUCGCAAGUUACUCUCCUCAGGUCAGUUGUAUAGUAUUGUCUCGUCUUUGAGUAACGAGCACGUGCUCUCAGCUGGAUUUGAUAUAAACACCCCAGACAACCUCGGGAGGACCUGCUUGCAUGCUGCUGCUUCAGGCGGAAAUGUUGAAUGUCUUAACUUACUAUUGAGCAGUGGUGCUGACUUGACAAAGAAGGACAAGUUUGGAAGGACUCCUUUGCACUAUGCGGCUGCUAAUGGCAACUAUAGGUGUACAGUGACCUUGGUGAGUGAGGGCGCUGGGGUUAAUGAGACUGACAGCAAAGGCUGUACCCCUCUGCACUAUGCUGCUGCCUCUGACACAUACCGGAGGGCUGAUAAACCACAAUCUGCAAGCCAGGAGAGCGAUGAUGAAAUGAUGAAGGAAUCAAGACGGAAAGAAACAUUUUUCUGCCUGGAGUAUCUUCUGGACAAUGGUGCAGAUCCCUCCAUUCGAGACAGGCAGGGCUACAGUGCUUUGCACUAUGCAGCCGCUUAUGGCAACAAGCAAAACCUUGAACUGCUUUUGGAAAUUUCUUUUAACUGCCUGGAAGAUGUGGAGAGUACAAUUCCAGUCAGCCCUUUGCACUUAGCUGCCUCUAAUGGUCACUGUGAAGCCCUGCGUGUGCUCUCUGAAACGCUGGUUAACCUGGAUGUGCGGGACGCUUUAGGGCGCAGUGCUCUGUACAUCGCGGCAGAGAGGGGCCAUGCACAAUGUGUGGAAGUACUGGUCAACCACGGAGCAAGUUGUGUUGUUAAGGAAAGGAGACACAAGUGGACCCCUCUGCAUGUGGCAGCAGCCAGCGGCCACUCUGACUGCCUGCAUUUUCUGAUUGACAGUGGAGAAAAGACGGACAUUGCAGAUGUCAUGGAUGCACAAGGACAGAGCCCUCUGAUGCUGGCUGUGCUGGGCAAUCAUGUGGACUGUGUCCAUCUCCUCCUGGAAAAGGGUGCUACUGCCGAUGCUGGAGAUAAGAGAGGGAGGACUGCACUUCAUAGAGGGGCAGCAAUGGGUAGUGAGGAGUGUGUGUCGGCACUUUUGGACCAUGAUGCCUAUCCUUUGUGUCGGGACUUUAAGGGCCGCACACCCCUGCACUUUGCAGCUGCCAACAACCAUGUAAACAUUCUGGGCAACCUGCUGCAAGCUGCUUUCAACACAGACCCUCUGGACUCCACACUGGACUACAGUGGGUACACUCCCUCUCACUGGGCCGCUUAUCAAGGGCAUGAAGACUGUUUGGAGGUUUUACUUGAACACAAACCAUUUAGUAUCGAGGAAGGAAACUCUUUCACUCCAUUGCACUGUGCUCUAAUAAAUGGUCAUGAUGCUGCCGCUGAACUGCUGUUGGAGGCUGUUGGCACACAACUUGUAAACAGCAGAGAUGCCAAAGGAAGGACCCCACUACAAGCUGCUGUCUUUGCAGACAACAUCCAUGGCCUGCAGCUUCUGCUCGGCCAUGGAGCCGAUGUAAACAUUGUUGAUGAAUCUGGAAGAUCUGCCCUCAUGAUGGCAGCUGAUUCUGGACAAACAGAAGCUGUAGAACUUUUGUUACGUCAGGCAAAUGCUGACUUGACACUGCUGGACGUCAACAAGAACACUGCUCUGCAUCUGGCCUGUAGCAAGGGUCAUGAGGUGUGUGCCUUGUUGAUUCUUGGGGAGACGUGCGAUCCAGCCCUCAUCAAUGCAACAAACAGUGCACUGCAAAUGCCCCUGCAUAUCGCAGCUAGGAACGGGCUGGCCACAGUGGUCCAGGCAUUGCUGAACCGCGGUGCUACAGUACUGGCGGUAGACGAAGAAGGUCACACCCCAGCUCUGGCCUGCGCCCCUAACAAGGAUGUAGCAGACUGCCUGGCUCUCAUCCUCUCCACCAUGAAGCCUUUUCCUCCCAAAGAUGCAGUGGGGUCCCCAUUCGGCCUCAACCUGCUGAAGAACUGCGGGAUCGCAGCUACGUGCAGCCCCUUGCCCAACGGGAACAUCCACCACACCUAUGGCAAGGACCAUCAUGCCACCAUCGGUUUGGAUGGCUGCUUUUCUGAGUGACCACUGAGGCUGGAGGUGUUGGGAGGGGAGUAGUUGGCAUUGCCAGGCUUGAAGAUCACACUUUGGGUGAUUCCUUAAUAACCUUUUAAAAAAAAAAAAAAAA